UGAGCACGGUAAUAGUAAAACAUGUCCUUUCUCUGCAGAUCAUCUGCGUGUUCUCAGAAAAGCUAUAUGUAUCUUACUAAAUGAUAUUCGUGUUGCAUGAGUAGAGAAAAAGUAACUUUCUUUUAAUGCAACUUAGCAACUCAAGUAAAUAAGGAGUGCCAAAGUAAGGGACUGCAGAUUAUUGGCUCAUGGACCCAAUUUUUUUUAAGAAAAUUAUAUGAAAAUCAAAAUUUAAAGUUUGAAACAAUUCUAAAAAAAUGCACAAGUACACGCAGAUAUGUAUACUCAUGGUUGUAAAUUUUCAUGAUGAAAUAUAUUAUAAUGUGAGCCAUACAUAGAAAAUCAUAGACUUUUAUAGUUAAUAAUACAGGUGCUAAAAAAUUCAUGAUUUUGUUUUUUUUGUAGCUCACAUUUUGACGUAUCUAUUCAUCAUGAAGUACAUGCUAGACUUGCUACUUUUCCAGAUUUUCCUGAAACAUUAAGAUUUAACUACAGUAUUAAAUUUUAAAAAGUGGGGAUCCAUAGGGCCUGAUCUUCAAUAGUAAUAUCCGAUAAGAAAAGUAAGUAUGAACAGUAACAUCCGAUAAGAAAAGUGAAGUAUGUGCACAUUUCAUAAUCAGUACUGUAGCAAAUUAACCCACAUCAACCUGGUGCAGAGGGUUGGGAGAAUUUCCCGGAAGAAGGUGUUGGACCGUUGGUAACGAGCUACUCCAUCCGUACCACAAUACAGUAUAAAAAUGUUUUUCAAACUAAACAUAGCUGAAAAUUGAUCUCAUAUUGUGGGACGGAGGGAGUACCUAGUCUCCCGCAAAAGAAAAGGCUAUAGUACGUACAGUAGUACAGCUAGCUCGCUCUCAGUAUGCAGCAGAGAACACGGCAGCGUUGUCGGAACGGCACGGCAGUAUUAACCUGCUUACCAGGCCAACGCUGUUCCAUACUGGAGACGGCAUGCAUGUGUAGCUCCAGUCUACCUUCCCAUCGCAUCCAUACAAUGUACUACGUGGAAACACCAGAUUUGAACUAAAUGCUCAGAAAGAACAUGUCCUCUCACAGACUCCUGUUUUGUAACUAAAAUUCAGCCACAGAAAUCACCCGUGACACCAAAUAAAAACUUGAACUACGCAACCGGAUAGGAACCGGUGCCUCUACCACAAACAACUGUACAUAUUACGCAUUGAUAAAUGCCACAAAUAUGAUUAUUUGUAGUGAGUUCUGAACUGGUUGACUUGACGACGACUGAAGACGUCUGUUCUUUGGACCGGAAAUCUGUGCACUUAUUCUUCUUCUUGAGCCAAGUCACAGCCCUUUUUAACACGGCAUGGUUUAUUCAAAGGUUGGUGCUAGCUUUUCGCCUUUUCCUUGAGUGCUAUUGGAGCAUUGAUGAUAGGGGAGCGAGUGGACCUGCAUGCGUUCAUCUGCUUCCUGCAAUGCAGUCUCCUGGUAUAUAUACGGGCCUAAAUACCUAGUUCGUGGAAGCAAACAAGCGUGCAGUUCAUCUAGUUCAGCGAUGGCAUCCCAACUCAAAAAUCUUCUGUUUGUCUCAGCCACUUUUCCUCUUCUCCUGCUGCUGCUAUGCAUGGCCAGUGCAAUCAGCCCCGAAGGAGAAGCGCUCCUCCGAUGGAAAUCGACUUUGCUCAACUCCACCUCUCUGUCCUCAUGGUCGCAUGCCAACCCGACCUGCUAUUGGCACGGCGUCACCUGUGAUUCAGCCGGUCAUGUUACUCUGCUCCGUCUUCAUGCAUGCGACCUCAAAGGUACACUAGAUGCCUUGUACUCUCCUGCAUUCCAGAACCUCACAGGGAUUGAUCUCUACUACAAUAACAUUUUCGGUGUCAUCCCGGUAAAUAUCUCUUUGUUUCUCACCCUCACAAGUCUGGAUUUGAGCUGGAAUAAUCUUGUUGGUGACAUCCCCUACCAGCUCAGCAAUCUCCCAAAGAUUGUUGAGUUAGAUUUGGGAAAUAACCACUUGACCAACCCAGACCAUACCAAGUUCUCGCCUAUGCCCACUUUGUCGCUAUUGUCUCUAAAUAGCAACAAUCUACAUGGCACCUUUCCACAGUUCAUCCUCAACCGUACCAACGUUUGGUUGGUACAACUUGACCUAUCAAGUAACUCCUUCACGGGUUCGAUACCGACGACCCUGCCAGAUAUAGCACCAAAUUUAAGGCUCAUUGAUCUAUCCUCCAACAUGUUCUUCGGGUGCAUACCACAGUCGCUCUCCAAACUUGCAAGGAUUGAAAGCCUCUAUCUCCAGGAGAACAAUCUUACUGGAGGAAUCCCAAAGGGGCUCAGUAACCUAACUAAUCUGGGAAACAUGGACCUGUCAAGGAACAUACUCUCUGGAGAGUUGCCACCGUCUUUUUCUAGGAUGAAUAAAAUGCAAACGUUUCAAGUGGGGAACAACCACCAUCUCAGCGGCAGCAUCCCAUUGGAAUGGUUCUCAAACUGGACCUUGCUCCGUACUUUUGAUGUGGCAAACAACAACUUGGUCGGGAGCAUCCCACCGGAAAUCACUAGGUGGGAGGUAAUAGACACACUGGUCCUCCGUGGCAACUGCUUCAUCGGAAAGGUCCGUGCAGAGCUAGGAUAUCUCCCCAACCUUUAUGCACUGGACCUAUCCAGUAAUAACCUUACUGGUACAAUACCAUUGGAGUUUGGUAGUUUGUCUUAUUUACAAAUCCUUGACCUCAGCAACAACCUCUUGGAGGGAGAGAUUCCAGGAAUCUUGUCGCUCCUUCCUCUCACUGAUACACUCCUGUCUGGAAACAAGUUCACGGGCAUCGCCGACAAUAAUUUUUGUGAGCUACCUAAUCUAAAACUAUUGGACUUGUCGAAGAAUCUCAUAUCUGGAGCGGUCCCUGGUUGUUUUUGGAACAUACCUGUUACAUACAUGGAUUUGUCAAGCAAUGCCUUUGCUGGAGAAGUUACAGCCUCGACGGUUGACUUUUCUCAACUAGAUUCAGUAGAUCUAUCAAACAACAAGUUGACAGGCUGCUUUCCAUCUGUUCUGAAGAACUUAGAACUCCUGGAAUUUUUGGAUCUUGGAGACAAUAUGUUUUCAGGCAAAAUUCCUUCAUGGAUAGGAGCUAGCCUCUCUAUGCUAAGAAUUCUCCGGCUGCGGUCAAAUAUGUUUCAUGGAAGUAUUCCUUGCGAGGUAUCACAACUCUCUGAUCUCCAGUUGCUUGACCUUGCUGGCAACAAUCUUACAGGUCACAUACCUGUAAGUUUUGCUAACUUUAAUUACACAAUCAUGACAAAGCCAGAACUGGAACAUAAUAGCGGGCCCAUGGAGAUGGUUGACAGCUUUCUGCCUCACUACAGUGACCAGGUUGACAUAAUCUGGAAGGGGCGUGAUUAUACUUACAGUAGGAAAAUUAUGCUUAUGACUGGUAUUGAUCUAUCAAGCAACUACCUUUCUGGUGAGAUCCCUGCAGAAUUGCUGAAUCUUGGAGCCAUUCGGUUCCUGAACCUGUCAAGAAAUAAUUUAUCUGGUGCUAUCCCAAGUAACAUUGGUAACUUGAAAGAUGUCGAGUCCCUUGACCUCUCCUGGAACGAGCUCUCAGGUCCUAUUCCUCCAAGCAUGUCACAUCUGAUGUUCCUCAGCUCUCUUAAUCUCUCCAACAAUCUUCUAUCGGGAGAGAUACCUUCAGGAAAUCAGCUACAAACACUCGAUGACCCCACCAUCUAUAGCAACAACCUUGGACUAUGUGGUGUCCCUCUGAGCAUUCCAUGUAAAAACGGCUCGAGUUCUACAACAGCACUGGAUGGGGCCAAGGAAGACCACCGUCAACUUGAAACCCUGUGGCUGUACUACUCAGUCAUUGCUGGAACUGUCUUUGGUUUCUGGAUAUGGUUUGGAACAUUGUUUUUCUGGAGCAUCUGGAGGGUUACGUUCUUCAGUUGCAUCGAUGCCAUGCAGCAGAAGUUUAUGCAGAAGAUGAAGCGUACUUGACAGUAUGGCCACUUUGUUUCCCACUAGGUUGGGUUCUUGAAGUUUUCUGUUGUUUACUUUAUAUGCAGUGGAUAUAGAUGUAUUGUUCAUGUCCAUUCUCCUUGCUUUCUUUCACCAACAAACAGUAUCUGUUCAUGCGAGCGUGUGGACAGAACUGAAUUAUAAUUUGUUACAGUAUAUAUGAGAGAGAUCAAUUUGGUACAUAAUUGUACCAGGCUUUGAUUCUCUGAAUUAUGUAAGUUACAGUUAUGUAUGUUUCAUGGUUGUGGUUAGUAUUUUUUUUUCGAGCUUUGA